AUGUCAGACUCACCGCAGCAGACUCAGGACUUUCAGUCCAUAAUCAACGCUGCAGUUGCAGCCUCCAUGGAAAAGGCCAUUUCAAAGAUACUGAUGCACCUUCCUCCAAAAAAUCCCACCCAACCAAUAGGGGUGACGGCCCAAGACACGGAGGAUAUUGUGGGCUCGGAAGCCUCUAUCAAAGGCCUACCACCUUUACCCAAACGGCACAAAAAUGGCUUAACGGGCCCUAAGAGUAAGGGUAAGGAGCCGAUCAAUCGCCCCAGACACGUGGCGUUACCCAAACAUCCACCCCACACACUAUCAUCGGGGGAGGAGGAUGACUAUAUACCCACAUCACUGGUUGUGGUAGACAAAUGGCAGGCAGAAGACUCCGAAUUGGACCGAGACGACGAAUGGCAGGAUGUACCAUUCUCAUACUCCAAAUUCACAGAUGACAACUAUGCAGAGGGUUACCUCCCACAUGACAAGAGAAACGAUUUUGCCUCGGAAGAUGAAGAAAUUUUCUUGGACACCAAAGGCUGCCUACUAUUUGACCCCAGGACCAUCAGACACCCUCAGUAA